CACCUUUGAUUCUGUUGUACCGAAACCUUAGAGAGGUUUUUUUCUCUUUUUUUUGGUCUCUCCGACCCAUUUCACUUUACUUUCUUGUGCAAUAUAAGUGACUCGAAAAGUCUGUCUUUAGGGUUCUCCGCUGGAAGAACAUUAUACUUCUCGAGAACUUCCGAAAAUGCACAAAUGGUGGACUUCCCAGAAUCCAGUUAGGUAAGUUCAGGUUUUGUUCAUAUGUUUAUGUGGGCUACUAUGUUAUUACUGCUCAGUCAACGACUUCCCUUUCAUCUAAAAUCGUGGGUGCAAUAAGAAAAUGCUUUUGCAAAUUGCAAGUACUACACAGCCAAUGGCUACCACCCUCAACUAUUCUGGAAUCUGAUUGCAAAGGCUGUAAUUUUUAAGGGGGUUUUGAAUCAAUCUACAGCAAGCCACGCUUUAUUUUAACUUUGAUAGCCUCGAAUUUCGUUUGGUUUAUGUUUGAAUGAGCUGGGUGUUUCUACCACAUGGUCUACAAGUUUACCCAUGUGGUCUUUGGGAUGUCAGAGUACAAAGAGCAUAAGUGAUUAAAAGUGGUUUUUGAAGCAAACCCAUUUGAAGAUGUCUUGGAUUCAGCAUCAAUUCCAGCAAAAAGAUGGUUAUUUGAACUACCCACCUCCUUUUUCUCCUUCGUCUUCAUCUCCGUAUACUGGCACUUUUCAUAAAGAAUCAACUCCUUCAUCAUCUGGUACUAGAAUAAGUCCAGCUCUCCUUUUCGUUAUCGUAAUUCUGGCCGUACUAUUUUUCAUCUCUGGUCUACUCCACCUGCUUGUUAGAUUUCUCGUAAAGCACCCAUCUUCCUCAGCAUCUACUCAAUCCAGUAGAAACCCAGAAAUUUCAAGCUCCGAUGUUCUACAGAGACAGCUACAACAACUCUUCCAUCUCCAUGACUCUGGUCUAGAUCAAGCUUUUAUAGAUGCUCUUCCUGUUUUCCAGUAUAAGGAGAUAGUCGGACUCAAAGAGCCAUUUGAUUGUGCCGUUUGUCUCUGUGAGUUUUCUGGAAAGGACAAGCUCAGAUUGCUUCCUAUGUGUAGCCAUGCUUUCCAUAUCAAUUGUAUAGACACCUGGCUCCUAUCAAAUUCAACAUGUCCUCUUUGUAGAGGAACCCUCUUCACUCCCGAGUUUUCUGUUGAAACCCCAAAUUUUGAUUUUGAUGAUUUAAGAGAAGAUGGGUGGUCUGGCAAUGGUGAAAAUCGGUUCACUUCUGGGAAGACUCUGGAAAUGGAGGAAAUUGUUGUUGAAAAGGGGGUUUUCCCAGUGAGACUCGGUAAGUUCAAGCAGCUAAAUGUUGGGAUAGGGGAAGAUGGAGAGGGAGAGACAAGUAGCAGUAAUUUAGAUGCAAGAAGAUGUUAUUCAAUGGGAUCAUAUCAGUAUGUACUUGGCAAUUCAGACCUCCAGGUUGCCUUGUGCCAUGAUCGACAACUCCAUGAUAUAAAACUCAUAAACGGUUUAGAAAAUGAAGGGAAUUCCCCAGUUCAUGACGGUGUGGAAGGGAAGAAAAUUAGCACUGUGACCAAAGGCGAGAGCUAUUCUGUUUCCAAGAUCUGGCAGUGGUCAAAGAAAGGCAGAUUUUCAAGUUCCUCAGAUGCCCAGAUGGGCAUGCCUCCUUCUCUUAAUAUGGAAUUGCCAUGGAUGAGUAAAGCACAAGGGACAUGAAAGAUGAUCUAGCUGCUGCACUGCCACCAAGGCAUUUCGCAAUUCAUUGAACUAUUGAAGCGUGUGAAGGGGCUUUGGGACCAAAUGUUUGGCUGAUGGAGGAUUAAAACAGUCAGAACAGCAAAACAACACUACGUGAAAUAGGUACAGAAACCCUGUACAAUAAUGCUCCAAUAGCACAAGAUCUCCACUGAAAAUAGAAUUCAGUGACCAUAGAGGCUUCCAGAAGGGAAAAGAAAAGAGUAAAUGAUGAGAA